CCGGUCACAUCAGCACACAACAGGCAGCACCAGGCACCCACAUCCAUUGAAGCUGGAGACGAAGCCACCGGGGCAGCAACGGAGUGUUUGAGCUAGAAAUCGAGGUUCAAACGUGACAUCGAGAGACCGUAAAUUGCGUUCACAGAUAAUCCGGCACAGUUGAGGAUACAGUGAGAGUGGAAUUCCGACCUCAUUGGAGUGAUAUAAAGUGGGGCCGGACAUAUUUAUCACUCCUACUUGUUCCUCGAGACCGACUCAGAAGACCUGUGAGAUCAUGUCAUCCGUUACGGUGGGCCGAAUCUACAAGAGCGUCAUCGACGAUGUGAUAACAGGAGUGAAAGACGCGUUCCUGGACGAGAACGCCGAUGAGCAGGUACUCAUGGAGCUCAAACAGUUGUGGGAGAAGAAGCUGGCUGACUCGAAAGCGAUCGAGCCUCAAGAACCGCCUGCACCUCUAGUGAAAGUGAACUCCAACAAGGCAGACUCGAAUGUUCCUCCCGGAAUAACGAUCCAGAGGUCUGGGUCGACACCGAAUGAGCAAUACAAUUAUCCGCAAGUUCGAGUGAUUCAACAGAGCCAACCUAUGGUUCACUAUCCGGGCACAGCUGCAAGUUCAAUUGGCGGCCAUUCUGGCAAUACACCUGUUGCUCUACGGGUACCCGCUCCGACGAAUCAACCUGGCGCAAUAACGCUGCCACCGGAGAUCACGGCCCAAAUACUGCAAUCGAACAACGGUACAAUAACGCCGGUGCAGAUGCAAGCCUUGCAGAACAUGAUGAUGAGUCGACAGCAGUUCGCCAAAUCGACGGGACAGGCGCAAUACACGAUCACCGUUCCGGUACCAGCAGGACAACAAACAGUACAAGGAGCCAUGCCCCACGUGGCAGGAGCUCAACUCGUUUCGGGGCCGCAGAUGCAACCAGUGACCACGGCUCAGCAAAUCCAGCAGCAUCUACAGCAGCCUCAACAAGCAGGAACUGCCGCAGGCUUACGGGUGGUGAAGAUGCCCGGUCAAACCGAUGGCGCGACCAUGGACAGUUCGGACAGUGACGACUCAUCUGACGAGGACAGAAUAGGCGCGAAUGAUGACGAUGACGGCGACGACCUCGACGAAGACGAAGAUGAUCAACAGGACAACGAGCUCGACGAGGAGCCCCUGAAUUCUAACGAUGACGUCAGCGAUGAAGAGUUGUCGGAGGCACAGGAGAUUGACAACGUGGUCGUUUGCCAGUACGACAAAAUUUCGAGAAGCCGUAACCGUUGGAAGUUCCAUCUCAAAGACGGCAUCAUGAACAUCCAGGGUAGAGAUUACGUGUUCCAGAAGUCGACGGGAGAUGCCGAAUGGUAGAUUCUGCGAUUUGCCCCCGAGGAUCUAAAACCUCAUCGACGGCAUUUCGUCGUUGAUCGGACCUUAGGUAUCGGCCGCCCUGGAGUACGCCGUAGGCUUGAGAAGCCGGAGAGCUGACGUGUCGCCGUUGAAUCGCAGCAGAAGCGCGGCUCGAUCGAGUAUGGAGUUCGAUAUCACAUCGAUGUGAUCCUCGGUAAUUCUAAUAAGGUACGAGCAGAGGAUGCGUCGAUUCAGAGAUCGGGUGAGCAGUGUGUUCGGGUUCUUCAACAUCGAAAAGGCGCAGGAUCCGAGUCCAGGCCUUCUCCAUCGAUUACUCUGCUCACCAUCAAGUUAUCUUCACGAUUCAUUUAGUCCAAAAAAACAAUCUUCAUGGAACUCCAUGAUGUUGUACGUCUGAAUAUUUUUUACGAUGCUCGAGUCGAUCCGUGAAUAUAGGAGAUCAAACUUUGACAUAAACUAGCGACUGUUGCGAGCAGUGUUCGAGAGGAGGAUGUGGCUGUCUGACAACAUUGCUUUGUUAUUCUCCGACGCUUCUACGAGAUAUGGUAUCAGGAGAUCGGACGACUGAUAUAAUGAUGAUGUCGCCGUCGUCGCCUAAAGGGCCGGUUUCGAUACCCGUGCGGGCUCAGAACGUUCUAGGGCGACGUAAUUUUGAGAGAUUGAGACUAUAUCGAGCCUUGGAAUCAGAAGUUUCCAUAUGCACAAUCACCGGAGAAGGGCUCUGGGAUCAGCCACGCAUCCAAAUCGAUAUCUUGUAUGAUGAUUACCAAGAUCGACCCAUUGUAAUUGUUACCAAUAAAAUCGUUCACGCUUAUUUAUUGCGUGACUGUAG